UCCAAUUUCAUCCCCAAACCAAACAAAACAAACGAUCUCAGUCUAUUCUCAUCUCACACCCACCACCAACACCGCCGCCGCCGCCGUCUUCUCUUCUUCCUUCCGACCCUGAAAACUCUCUCUCUCUCUCUCUAACCGUCAAAUGUCCCUCAGCAAAGAUUCUCCGGUUUUCUCUCCUUCACUCCCAUUGGUCAUUCCUUUUAUUUCCUCCCAUAAAAUUCGAGAUUAAUUAAUUAAUUCCCUAUAAAACCACUCAAAGCCCCCACUAAUACAUCUCUCCUUCUUUCCUCUCUCUAUAUCUUCCGUCGGACUUACGUCGGUCACGCUUUCUCUCUCUUAUCUCUCUCCUUUGCGAUUCUAGGGUUUCCUCUUCGCCGCAUGGCAUAAAUGGCGGCGACUUCCAGAGGUUUCGCGACUCAGUUUGAUCUUAAACUCAGGCGACUCGGCUUCCACCAUCCUCCUCCGCGCCGCGACGGCAAUGGCUCGUUCGAGUUGAGGAAGCGGCGGAGGGUCAGUUUCGACGGCGGCGACCGGCGAGUCGUAGUUAGCCGAGUCCGCUGUUGCUGCUCCGACUCGGUGGUUCCCAUUCGGAAAGCCGCCGGCGCCGGAAAGAGCGUGGAGAAGGCCGAAGAGUGGCGGUUUGAUCCCAAGAAAAGUCCUCGCAGAGUUCGAAUCCAGCCUUCUCCUGCAUUGCCCUUCUCUUCUCCUCAAUCUCAUUUUGCCUCUAAGCAAGAAAAGUUUUAUCCUCGAUGCACACCGAGAAAUUCUGGCCCACAGUCCCGUGACAGUCCGCCAAAAAGAGACACUGGUAUUGCAAAUGAGAAGGAUUGGGGCAUAAUCUUGUCAAGUGAAAAUGUUAACGAGUCUGGCACUAAUGAAGAUGGCAGUACUUGGUAUCGAGAAAGUGGGGAGGACUUGGGAGAUAAUGGAUUCAGAUGUAGAUGGACAAGGAUGGGUGGUCGAUCUCAGGAUGGUUCUUCUGAAUGGAAAGAAACGUGGUGGGAGAAAAGUGAUUGGACUGGAUACAAAGAGCUAGGUGUGGAGAAAUCCGGUAAGAAUGCUGAAGGGGACGCAUGGUGGGAAACAUGGCAAGAAGUACUUCAUCAAGAUGAAUGGAGUAACCUAGCAAAGAUCGAGAGGAGUGCACAGAAACAGGCAAAAUCAGGCUCAGAAAAUGCUGGAUGGUAUGAGAAGUGGUGGGAGAAGUAUGAUGCUAAAGGAUGGACUGAGAAAGGAGCACAUAAAUAUGGUAGACUUAAUGAGCAGUCAUGGUGGGAGAAAUGGGGAGAGCAUUAUGAUGGAAGGGGAUCCGUUCUGAAAUGGACAGAUAAAUGGGCUGAGACUGAACUUGGGACUAAAUGGGGAGAUAAGUGGGAAGAGAAGUUCUUUGCUGGCAUAGGUUCCCGACAAGGGGAGACAUGGCAUGUAUCUCCCAGUGCUGAACGUUGGUCAAGGACAUGGGGAGAGGAGCACUUCGGAAAUGGCAAAGUGCACAAGUAUGGCAAGAGCACAACAGGUGAAAGCUGGGAUAUUGUGGUAGACGAGGAAACCUAUUACGAGGCUGAACCUCAUUACGGAUGGCCAGAUGUCGUGGGUGAUUCGAGCCAGUUGCUAUCGAUUGAACCUCCAGUAAGGCCACCCGGAGUCUAUCCAAAUCUGGACUUUGGGUCAUCAUCAUCUUCUGCCAAACCACCACCACCACCAGACGAACUUCCUUCACAGUGAAGAGCUAUUUUUUAGGCUCCAUACUUUGAUAAUCUUUCGAUCUUGAGAGUAUGGUUGAAACUUGUGUAAUAGCAAUAUUUUUAGGUCACUCUACAAUUUUUUCAUUCUUUCAAUUACCAUUGCUUGCAUUUUAGGGUCUUGUAAUUUUCUGAACUGCCGGUUGUUUAAUUUUAACAUUUUCAAUAGUUGCUA